AUGAGUAUGCCAACGGGACUUCGGGUCCAGCUGGCUUCGUUCAAUGCGAACCAGAUGUUCGAUGGCACGGGCGUGCCGGAUAUGCGGGAAUGGCUUGUUCCCACAGUGAACGAGAGCCGGCGAAGCGGAUACAUGACGACGGACGAGGGCCGCGAACUGACUGCCAUGUCGCUUGGUCCACGCGAAGCGCCUGAUAUCUAUGCAGUAGCAUUCCAGGAGUUUGCGCCACUGCACAAGGCACUGUCCGGCACAGUGUCGCAAGCGCGAACGCAGGCCGACCUGGCGAUCCGUCGAUCUGUGCGUCAUCACCAAUCGAUUGUGCGGGAUGACAAGAUGUACGAUCCUCUUGAGCUCGGAGGCGGGCCAGAGAACUAUGCCAAAAUAGCCGACAUCAACCAUGCGGGACUCGUGUUGUUUGUAUAUGCGCGCGAACGAGCGCCGCAGCGUGCUCAUGGCACACAGAUCAGUGCAGCGCACCGGGUGAAGGAGGUGCGUGCCUCGUUCGUCGGCACCGGGCUCGGCAUGGUCAUGGGCAACAAGGGCGCGGUGGGCGCACGAGUUGUGCUGGCGUCAGCGGUGCCUGGAGGACGGGACGAGGUCCUUACGUUUGUAGGCGCGCAUCUCGCUGCGCAUGACCACAACGUGGCACGCCGGAAUGCCGAAUGGCGCUCUAUUUGUGAGCGGAUGGUGUUUGAUUUGAUGAGUGUGCAGCUGCUGCCGGUGUUACAGGAGCCGCCGAGUCUCGCUGGCGAUGACGGCGACGAGAAGCACGGUGGGAACGGCUACGGAAACGGCGACGGAAACGGCCAUGGCGGCGGUCGUGGUGUUCAUGUCGCGUCAGUGCCGACGAUGCGUGGAUGCGCUCCUGAGAUGCAGAGCAAUGCCGACGCAGCCGACGAUAACGAGUACUCGCUCUACGAUACGCACCAUCUGUUUGUCAUGGGCGACUUGAAUUAUCGCGUAGCGACAGGCGUCGACGGCGUGUCGCCCCGGGGACAGCGAACCGUGCCUGGCAAGUACCCGCCCAUCACCAAGAGCGAUGUGCAUGAGGUGGCGCGGUCAUUCCAGUCGGACCGGUGGGCGUCGCUCGUGCCGUACGACCAGCUCCUGUUGGAAAGGUAUGCGCCGACGCCACGCACGCUUCAUGGACUCCAUGUGCCAGACAUGGCGCAGUAUGGGAUUCCGCCGACGUACAAGUACAAGGCACGCGGUGAGAUGGAGCAGCUGAGCAAGAAGCGCCUGCCUGGGUGGCCGGAUCGCUUGCUGUGGGGCACGAGUGAUGCGUCGUAUGCCGCCAGCGGCACGCUGCGGUGUGAGCUGUACCGGAGUCUGAUGCGGUACACGAGCUCCGACCACAAGCCAAUCACGGCGAUCGUGCAGCUGCCGCAUCAUCUGCAUCCGCUCUCGGACUUUCUGCCCGUGCCGUACGCGCUGCAUCCCAACUGGCGCACAUGGCGCUUGGUCGGCGUCGUGCUGGACCGGCUCGUUGGGUAUGCGUGGUCGUGCUUGCUCUUGCUCGGCCAUGGACAUCUGUACGUGGCCGUCGCGGAGCUGCUUCUUCUUACAACAGUAGGCUGGUACUAUGUACAGGGUCGUUGGUAG